AUGUCUGACGAUUUCCCUUCUACCAAGCCAAUCAGCACGACAUCGAAGGAAAACUCAGCUACCCGCGAUACAAACGUCUCUGCCAUGCCACCAAAACCUCCAACUCUUACUCUUAUCCUCGCAGCCACACCGAAUCUUGGCAUAGGCAACAGUGGAGGCCUGCCAUGGCCACAGCUCAAGAAGGAGAUGGGGUUCUUCGCACGAGUGACCAAGCGCACGUCGCCUUCUACAUCAACAGAAGGCGUCAAGAAAGUGAAUGCUGUACUCAUGGGCCGCAAGACUUGGGAGAGCAUACCACCUAAAUUCCGUCCCCUGAAGGACCGGCUGAAUAUUGUCAUCACCUCAAACCCUAAAGAGUUUAUGAGUAAACUAGACAAGAAGAGCGAUGUGGAAGGGCCAAUGGUAUGCUCUAGCGUAUUGGACGCAUUGUCGCAGCUUGAAAGUCAGCAAGAGAACAAGUUGCCAAGCUCGAAUGUCGAGUUGGACAGAGUCUUUGUCAUCGGUGGAGCAACUAUAUACAACACGGCGCUGGAGCUUCCACAAACGAAGCGAGUGCUUCUCACAAAGAUUCACAAAGAGUUUGAGUGCGACACUUUCUUUCCGAUCAACCUGGACGAGACAACGAUAUGGAGGAAUAGUAGCAGAGAGGAGGUGCAGAACUUUACUGGCGAAGAGAUUCAAGAAGGUGGAAUUGAGGAACAGGGUGUCAAAUUUGAGUUCUGCAUGUACGAGCGGGAGUGA